CCUGGAACUAAUAGACCUGGUAAUUAUUAUCACCAUCGGCCCUCUACCUCCGUGUCUAGCCGUCUGUAUUACUAUAGUGAGGUAAUACGUCGUGACGUCUUAACCCACCAGUGUCAAUUCGUAUUCCUAGUCAGUUGGUUGUAUCACGUUACCUAGACUGAGUCUUGUAUUGUUUUGGUUUACGAGUCACUAUCUACAACAACGACACAAGCGACACAACUGUCCAUAGUAUCAAUCAUCAAGGAAGCUUUACAGUGCCUACGAACACGUAACAUUGUUGACUAGCAGCGCGUACUACCGACAAGUAACUAUUGUUAUUGAUUGUGAUAUUGUUGUUGAUAUAGAAUCUUAUAUUCUCAAGUAUUGAAUUUUCAUAUUAUUGGAUUUUCAUUUUUGGUGUUUAUAUUCAUAUUGACUUCGAAUUGAUAUUGAUUUUCGAUCCUAAUUGAUAUUCAUCACUAUUGUCACAGUAUGAGUGCGGAGUACAACGACGCGAUCGAGCCGACUGUUGAAGACUCCCUGGAGCCACAAGUCGAAGAGCAAAUUGAAAAUGAAGAAAUAAACGAAGAUGAAGAAGCAGAAGAUGUCGUUAACGACAAUGAAGAUGAAGAUGCCAAAAAAGAAGAAGAACAAGAAGUUAAUGCAGAUGAAGGUGACAACGAUAUACCUGAGCAAUCGGAAGAUAUAGAGAACUCGGAAGAUAUAGAAGCGUCAAUAUCCGAAGAAGCAGGCUCUGAAGAACAACAACCAGACCAAGACAUACCCACCGAACCAGAAGCGGAGACUGCGCCCGAAACUACAGAUCCAGAACAAAAUGAAGAAGGCUCUGCAGAGGAAGUCGAAGAGCAAGAAAAUGCAGAUGUAGAAAAUGAAGCUGCUGGGGAUGUGGAAGAAACUGUGAAAACUGAAGAGCUUUCUGAUGCUCCUAAAGAAUCCGCAGAUGUGAUCAUGGAGGAAGCAGAGUCAAAGGAUGAGGAACAAAGCCACGAUGCUGUUGCUGUUGCUGUUGGUGACAAUGAGUCGGAAGAUAAGAAAGCUGAUAUAAAACCUCAGUACGCAGAUGAUGAUGAAGAAGAAGAAGAUGAUGACGACGAAGAUGAAAAAGAUACGAGGGUUUACACAAAGCAGACGCAUCUCAUAGUAGUGCCGUCAUAUGCCUGUUGGUUCAACAUGAAGAAAAUCCAUCAGAUUGAAAAGGAGUCUUUACCAGAAUUCUUCGGAUCUUCUCACCCAUCGAAAUCGCCUAAGAUCUACGUCAACUACCGUAAUUUCAUGAUCAAUUCAUAUAGAUUGAACCCUAACGAAUUCUUAACGUUGACGUCUUGUCGUCGUAACUUAGUUGGUGAUGUUGGAACUUUGAUGAGAGUACAUAGAUUCUUGAGCAAGUGGGGUUUGAUCAACUACCAAGUCAAGCCACAGUUCAAGCCGGGUUAUGCAGUUGAAAAGUUACCAAACGGUCAACUGGUGGGCUUGCCAUAUACCGGCGACUACCAUGUCAAGUAUGAUACUCCUCGUGGGUUAUUCCCAUUCGAUACGUUCAAGAUGAAUCCCGAAAAGGUGAAUGUCGAUAAACUCAAGAAACUCUUAAAGAUCGAGGAUAACGCGUCUGUCACUACUGGUUCUGUAACAGACGGUAAUGCUGUUUCUAAUUCUUCUUAUAGGUCUGAGGAAAGUAAGAAGCGUUCUUCGCCUUCUGCGGAUGAACAACCUUCCAAGAAGCAAAACGACGGAUGGUCGGCAGAAGAAACCGAAAAAUUGAUCACAGCAGUUAAAACUUAUAGAAAUGAUUGGUUUAAGGUGGCAGAGGCUGUGGGAACCACUAAAACACCCCAGCAAUGUAUAUUAAAGUUCUUGAAGUAUCCUAUUGAGGAUAGAUUCAAUCCGAUAUCCGAGAAGGAAUUGGGAUUAGCUAGAUUUGGUUCAAACUAUCCAAUCAGUGGUGUGGAUAAUCCAGUUUUGAGCAACUUGGCUUUUUUGAGCAGUUUUGUGGAUAGCGAUGUUGCGAAGGCUGCCAGUCAGCGUGCCUCAAAAGUCAUGGACGAAAAGAUAGAAGAAAAGAUCAAAGAAAUUGCCGAAUCAAAGAAGGCAGCUGAAGCAAAGAAUGCAGCUGAAGAGAAAUCUGAAGAUAGUAAAGACAAAGAGGAAGCAGCCGUUAAGCCGGAAUCUGAGACUUCCGCAAAGAUUUCCUCUGAACAGAAUGGAAAGGCAGACCAUUUGGAACUAGUAAAGGAUGUAAGUGAAGGUGAGGCUAACACAUUAAAAGAUGCCGCUGCUGCUUCAUUUGGAAUUGUAGGAGCGAGAAGUCAUUUAUUUGCUACCUUCGAAGAAAGAGAAAUGAACAGCAUCAGCUCAAACAUUGUCAACCAUCAAUUAGCUAAGAUCGACUUGAAAUUACAGAAGGUUGACGAGUUGGAAAGAGUAUACGAAUGUCAAAAGAGGCGUCUUGCUAAGCAGCAGGAAGAGAUCUUUAUCGAUAGGUUGGCAUUGGCUAAGUCUACUAUCAAUAUCACCAAGAAGUUGGACGACGUAAUUUCCUUACUUGAAAAUCAAGUCAAGGCUGAAAACAGUCUGCCAGAGAAAUUAUCUAGCAUCAACAACUUGUUAGCUGAAGCUAAGAACCAGCUUUACAAACCUGCUAGACACUCUUUGAUUGAAGCUACUGGAGAAAGCACUACCAACGGCGAUGAUCCUGAACAUGCUAAAGACGCCGAAAGCUCUAAUGCUACUGCCGCAAAUGUCAACGAGGAUGAUCUCAAGCCAUUGUCGUUAAAGACUCCACAAACCUUCAAGGUGUGGGUGCCAUAAAUUCUUGCAAUGUAAUCUAUCUAUAUUUCAUCGGCUAGCUAUGUAAUAUCCACGUUUUUUAUUAAUUGCAAAUGUAAAUUAGAAUGUUAAA